AUGAACAGCGAUUAUUAUUCUACAAUUUACGCUUGGUUUGAAAGAUGUGGAAUUAUAUCAGAUGUCCGGACGCAUUUACGUCAUAAUUUAGUGAACGCUUUAAAAAGUACAGAUAUGACAUUAAACAAAGAGAACAGUGGCCCGAAAUCAGCAAAGCAGUAUAUUUAUGAUUUAUUAAUAGCAGAGUACCUGUGGAACCACAAUUACGCGUAUACAUUGUCUGUGUUUGCAAGUGAAGCACCUUUACUGGUUAAUUUCCGCAAGCAUGUAAAGCCCGACUCUGAGGAUGACAAACAGAAACUCCAAAAUGAUUAUGUUACUCAUGCUCUGGAAACGCUGGGCAUCAGGCCCGAUGAACCUGAUGGUCAGUCUAUUAUCGCUGAUUAUGACAAUAAUGACAUGCCAUUAUUGCUGACAAUACUUAAGUUUAUUUAUAGAGGUAAAUUUAGUCAUACUGAAAGUGUUAAGACUGAAUUAAAAAACUGUCAAACUCAAACUGAUUUUAAAAUAUCGGAGGAUAUUUUGCGGGAGAAGAGAAAAAUUAUUAACGCUAGGAAAAAGUUGGUGGAGCAAAAUGAAUUUUAUAAUUCUAAGUUGAAGGAGUAUGAAGAUAAAAUUAAUAAACGAGCUGAUAUUAAUAUGCUACAAGAAAUAAAUGAAAGAGAGUCAAAAUUAAAAAAAGAAAAAGAAGAAAAUGAUAGAUAUAUUUUUAUUAAAAAUCAAGAAUUAAUAUCAAGAGAAAAUUUACUUGCUCAUGAAGCCAAAAGGCUUCAAAAUGAACAAGAUAGUUACAAAAUAUUCGAAACAAAUUUAAAGAAGCUUCAAGAAGAACUCGCUAAAGUACAAAAAGAACUAUCGAGUAAAAACGAAGAAAAAGUAAUACAGAUAUGUACACACGAAGUAAGUACACAGACAGAAAUAAAAGAUUCUGAAAAAAUUAUAAUCAACAAUUGCGACGACGAGAAAAGACAGCUUCAGAGUCUCGUUCAAGAACAGCAAUUGCGAAUAGAAGAGCUCACGCUUCGAGCAAUACGUCUGUCGCGGCAGCUUGAAGAAGCGCAGCUUUUAAAACCUGUGAUUGAAGUAACGCGACCAGUCUUCUCGAAGACACUAACAACAGUCCUUAGUGAAAGCAGUUCUACUGAUGAUAUUAUCCAGGAUGCUAAGCAACGUCUCAAAAGGCUGGAAGAGGAGAGCUUGAAGGCUGAUCAGUCAUAUUUUAAUUGUAUUACCGGCUUGCCUUUAUAA